GCCUUUUGAAGUUAAGACUUGCAAAGAGCCAUCAUCAAGGCCUGCCAUGGGAGAUGCUGAGGUUGCGCUCACUCUCAGGGUGGUUUGGCCGAACGAGAGGCCUUCGGAGACUCAGCAUUUUUACCGAUGUACGUUUUCAAGACUUGGCCAUUGAUCCGAGAUUAUUGAGAGGAUUGGAGGUGGCCCUAGGCCCAGGUGCUCGCCUCACUUCGGUGCAGCAGCAAGCCAUUUUGCGGCAGCUUGAGGAUCCUUGUCAGAAGAGACUAGACUUGCUCUUGCAGGCUCACACUGGGACUGGGAAGACCAUCGCAUUCCUGUUGCCUGUUUUGCAGAGGCUUUUGGCUCUAGAGGCUGGUUGCGUGAGGAUGUUUGAGGGUACUGACUUGAUGACUCGAUAGGUGUGGACGGUG